GAUCUACCCUUAUAUUUACCAGAAGGAAAGAAGGGAAGAGGAGGAGAUUUUGCAGUGUGUAGAAACAGAAUCGACGAUGGAAUUCGGCCGCGCAUUCAAUGCCACUUCAAUUUUCAUUGUUUUUCUUCUUGUUACUCUAGUUUCCGCUAAGAAGUCCGGCGAUGUUACGGAGUUGCAGAUCGGUGUGAAGUUUAAGCCAGCAUCUUGCGAACUUAAGGCUCACAAGGGCGAUAGAGUCUCAGUACACUACAGUGGAAAACUUACAGAUGGAACUGUAUUUGAUUCCAGCUACGAGAGGAAUGACCCCAUUGAAUUUGAACUUGGAAGCGGUCAAGUGAUUAAAGGUUGGGAUCAAGGACUUCUUGGAAUGUGUGUGGGAGAGAAGCGAAAGUUGAAAAUCCCUGCUAAACUUGGUUAUGGUGAGAGUGGAUCUCCACCAAAGAUCCCAGGUGGUGCAACACUUGUGUUCGACACUGAGCUGGUUGCUGUGAAUGGAAAGAAAACAACAACUGAUAGUGAACUGUGAUUUCACGAUGUCGCUAUGCACUGUUUCACGUUAGCUCAAGUAUGGAGGAGGAAACUUCUAAGGAUCUGUUAAUGUUAGGCUAUCUAUUAGUUCUAUUUGCUUCUUUGAUAAGUUAGAUACUGAAUUAUUUGGUCUCUGGCAAAAUUACACUUUUUGUCACUAGUUAUUUCUUCCGCUUAAGUCAAGUGGAUGGACGUUGAACUCCAAGGAUGGGUUUCCAUCUUACUUCUUACAUUAUGGUACACUUGGUAGUUUUAUUUCUUUCUA